AUUAGCCAAGCAAGGGAAGUUGGCAACGUAAGACCCUCAGCCCUCGUUUGUGAUCUAGUGUUCAAUUCUGUUCACUCCAGGGCCUGAAACACCCCAUAAUUCAAUUUGCGAUGAUUGUACGUACAUCCGCUAAGAAAAGUCAGACAAAACUUAAAACCAACAUCAAUAUGGAGAAGUCAACAUACAAGUGUAAGUAAAACCGAAUGUAAAUAAGUUAUGCUACUAAUGCAUAUGACGGCACAUACAAGUAUCGUAAAAGUAAGGAUGUUUUUGUUUGGUUAGCUUUUGGAAACGUUAGCUAGCGCAUACAACUUUCCCUGACAUUAUAAUUUCUGAUUUACCAUAUAUUGUCGAAUGGUUAGUACUCGAUGCCUGCGGAUGCAUUGUCUUCUAGCCAAUAUAUGAAAUACAAUCAUAAUUGACUGUAGCGCAUAUAAAACACACACAGCAGCUAUGGGUGGUUCCAUGAUGACUGAAAACACAACCGUGGGACGAACGAGUGGCAAAUUUCCGGGCAAGGAAUUUAUUCCUCCCUCACCCAUUGCCCUGCAAGUGUCAAUUCAUCAUACGUCAUGAUACUUCUUCAGAACUGUCCACUUAAUUUGAGGGCUGAGGGUGUGUCUUUUACUUGUUUGGAACACAGACAAUUAGGGAAUUCAAGAAGUGAUGUUUCUGUGAAUGCUCCAGAUGACCUUAUUACACCAUCAGAAUGAACUCAAUUCAUUGAGGAGAACUGCCACGGGGCAAAAAGGUAAAUCAUAUUUGUCAAGCGACCUCUUGAUUUGACUUCCAAAUGCAGUAUCUGAGACCUGCAUUUAUAGUAUUGAGUGAUGACCUAUUUAGCUAUCACUACAUCACUCUUUCUUGACUAGACAAAAUAUUUCCAUGCUCCCUCUUCCUCUGUCUCUAGAACACAUGCACGCUCACACACAUGUACGUAUGCUCACACGUGCAUUCAGGCAUUCUCACUCUCGCUCUCUGUCUAUCACAAACACACACACAGACACACACACACACACACACACACACUUCAUACGCAUUCACACUACCUCAUACAAAUACAGUGAGGUUCUUCCUUAUGAAAAAAGGAAGUUGUAGAGAAUAUAGAGAACAUACUUUGAUCUAACCAGGCGGUCCAGCUGACAUACUGUGUCAUUGGAACAGAAAAAAAGGGCUGCAUACACAGUGAAAGGAGUGGGAGGAAUGGACAGCUAUUUCAACACAUCCUCUGUACAGACCAUGAACUACACUGUGGGGAAUGGUUCCGGGUCGGCCUCUUGCAGCUUGAUGGAGGUCUCCGCCCACCCAUUCUUCACCGUAACCUACUCCCUGAUCUUCCUGGUGGGCCUGGUUCUCAACGGCUUCACGGUGCGGAUCUACUUCUGCCGAGCCCAGCGCCGCCAAUCCAACAUGACAGUAUAUCUGCAGAACCUGGCUGUGGCAGACUUCUUCCUCAGCCUGUGUCUGCCGCUCCGCAUUGCCAACUACGCCACCCACAACUCGACCCUCAUGCGCCACGUCUACUGCAACUUUGGAGCCACGGCCUUCUACCUCAACAUGUAUGCCAGCAUCCUCUUCAUGGACUACAUCGCAGCCAACAGGUACCUGAAGAUCGUCCGUCCUCUGGAGACCCACGCCCUGCAAACGGUGCGCGCCGCCCACUACAUCUCCAUGGCAACCUGGGUCACCCUUCUGGCCUCAUCAUCUGCGUACCUGACCGUAUCCCUCCUCACCACUUGGGGUGCAGAUCUCAUCCCCGGGAACAUAGGCUGCGAUGCCCUCCACAGCACCCAGCUUCUACUGCUCUACAAGAUCAUCCACAGUUUCUCGGCCGCCAUCUUCCUCUUCGUUCUGUUUUCCCUCCUCUUUUUCUACUGGGGCACCAUCCUCAGGCUGCGGCAGGCGCAGCUGAACCAGCAGAAACAUCCUUCCUGUGGAUCCGGAAGGAACCUCAGCCGCUCCAAGAGAAACAUGCUAGUUCUGGUCGCUGUGUUCUGCGUGUGCUUCGUGCCGUACCACCUGGUACGCCUGCCCUACGCCUUCCUCCGGCCCUUCUUGCGCAGGUGUUACUGGCAUCAGGCCUUCUACUACAUGAAGGAGCUGACUGUGCUGCUGUCAGUCCUCAACGCCUGCCUGGACCCACUCAUCUACUUCAUCUUCUGUAAGUCCUUCAGGGCCCAGCUGGGCAUGCAGAGGCGUUUUAGUACGACAAUGGCACAGCCAGACAGUACAGCCCCACCGCCAGGAGCUAGGAGAAUUAGCCAGGGGAACCUGACCACCCUGUCACGCACCCAGACAAGGACGUCGUUCAGCAUGUCGAGACGGGCCAGUGUCAUUUAGGACACACCGCACUGCCCUCCGCUGGUACAUUUUCUAUCUACUGUAUAUAUUUUUAAAGCAGCUCUUCAGCAUACCUAUAAAUGAUUAGAACUUUGUAUUGGAGAAAAAAAUAUGAAAUGCCUAGAAUGUCAAUACUUCUUUUGGAGGCUGAAAUUUGCUAAUUUGAUGUCUCUACUC